UGUGAAGAGGUUGCUGUUGGCAACACCGUUUAUGUGUCAGCUGGUACUCCAGCUUUCGGCCAUUUCUCACCGAGACGCGUAAGAGAUCAGAAAUGUUUCGGAACUUAUAGUGCGCCGCGUUCCCGAAUUAUCGUGCGAUAACCCCUUUCCCUAUAUUAGUAGCCCUUGUGUAAAAAAAGUGUGGCCGUUUGUAGUGCUCUAGUGAAUGUGCUUUCAGAAUGGAAACAGCUAAGGAGACUUGCCCAUGUUCGUCUGGGUGUGGUUGCCCCGGGCCUAACAUCACCAUUUCAGUCACACCAACUACUGGUGGCCAGUUUGAAUUAGCUGUCACUAAGAACGAAACCAUUGAAAACCUCAAGAAGCUUAUAUCAAAGAGACUCAAAGUUCCCAAAGAGAGGAUUUGCCUUCUUCAUAGAGAAAGGCAACUAAGAGAUGGCACUGUACAGGAAAACCAAUUAGUUAAUGGAAGUAGGCUAACUUUGUUACCAAGUGUUGAAACUGGGCUUUUGGCUCAGCGACCCGAACAAAGUGUUAUGCAAGCGUUAGAAAGUCUUAACGAUUCACAGUAG